UCCCGGUGGGAUCCCGGUGCUCCCGGCCGCAUCCCGGGGUCUCCCCGCGAACAAAGGCCCCGCGGGCAGCACGAGGCCGGGGGGCGGCGCGACCCGCCCCCGGGAGGGCGGGACCGGGAGGGCCCGGGCCGGGAACCGGGAGAGCCCCGGGAGGCACCGGGAGCGCUCCCUGGAUUAUGUCCCGGAUCGAGUCGCUGUCCCGGGCCAGGAGCGAGCGAGCCAAGGGCAAGGACAAGGAGAGGAUGAAGGAGGCCAAGGAGAAGGACGCGCGCUACACCAACGGGCACCUGUUCACCACCAUCUCCGUGUCGGGCAUGACCAUGUGCUUCGCCUGCAACAAGAGCAUCACGGCCAAGGAAGCGCUCGUGUGCCCCACCUGCAACGUCACCAUCCACAACCGCUGCAAGGACACGCUGCCCAACUGCACCAAGGUGAAGCAGAAGCAGCAGAAGGCGGCGCUGCUGAAGAACAGCUCAGCCCUGCAGUCGGUGUCCCUGCGCAACAAGAAUGCCAUCCGGGAGCGCCCCAAUUCUGCCAUCUACCCCUCGGAGAGCUUCCGGCAGACGCUGCUGGGGCCCCGCCGCGGCCGCCCCUCCUUGUCCCUCUCCAAGAGCGUCUCCACCACCAACAUCUCGGGCACGUUCAACGAUGACUCUCCGCUGGGAAUCCGGCGGAUCCUGUCCCAGUCCACGGAUUCCCUCAACAUGCGCAACCGCACGCUCUCGGUGGAGUCGCUGAUCGACGAAGGCCCUGACGUCAUCCUGAGCCAGCUGCUGAGCGACCUGGAGGCCGACGGGAAGGAGUUCGAGGCGGAUUCCUGGAGCCUGGCGGUGGAUAACAGCUUCCUGCAGCAGCACCGCAUGGACGUCAUGAAGCGGCAGGACGUCAUCUACGAGCUGAUGCAGACGGAGCUGCACCACGUGCGCACGCUGAAGAUCAUGGGCGCCCUGUUCCGCAGGGCCAUGCUGGAGGAGCUGCAGCUGGACCCGGGCACCGUGCAGCGCAUCUUCCCCUGCCUCGACGAGCUCAGCCACAUCCACCAGCGCUUCCUGGCGCAGCUCCUGGAGCGGCGCCGCGCCUCGCUGGCCCGCGACAGCAACAAGAACUUCGUCAUCGAGCGCCUCGGGGACAUCCUGGUCACCCAGUUCUCGGGCCCGAGCGCGGAGCAGCUGCGCAAAGCCUACGCCGAGUUCUGCAGCAAGCACACCAAGGCGCUCAAGGAGUACAAGGACCUGCUGGCCCGGGACAAGCGCUUCCAGCAGUUCAUCCGGCGGGUGACACGGUCCCCCCUCCUGCGCCGCCACGGUGUCCCCGAGUGCAUCCUGCUGGUGACGCAGCGCAUCACCAAGUACCCCGUGCUCAUCGAGCGCAUCCUCAAGAAUUCCAAAGACAACGAGGGGGACUGCGCCGACCUGUCGCGGGCGCUGCGCCUGGUGAAGGAGCUGCUGUCGGCCGUGGACGAGGAGGUUCACGCCUGGGAGCUCCGCGGGCGCCUCUGGGACGUUUUCCGGCGCGUGGAUCCCCGCGCCAAGGUGCCGCUGCUCUGGGACAGCCGGCCCGGGGCCUUCGGCAGGGACGAGCUGCUCCGCAGGAAGCUGGUGCACAGCGGGGGGAUGCUCUGGAAAACCGCGGCCGGGCGCUUCAAAGACGUGCUGGUGCUGCUGAUGACGGACGUGCUGGUGUUCCUGCAAGAGAAGGACCAGAAAUACACCUUCCCCAUGCUGGACAAGCCGGCCGUCAUCUCCCUGCAAAACCUGAUCGUGAGGGACAUCGCCAACCAGGAGAAGGGCAUGUUCCUGAUCAGCGCCGCGCCGCCCGAGAUGUACGAGGUGCACGCGGCCUCCCGGGACGACCGCAACCACUGGAUGAAGGUCAUCCAGCAGGCCGUCAGCCUCUGUCCCAGCCGCCAGGAUUUCCCCCUGAUCGAGACGGAGACGGAAGCGUCCUUGAGGAAGCUGAAAGAGCGGAUGGAGCAGCACGACCGCCAGAUCGCGGCGCUGCUGGAGGACAAGGUGGGGAUUUUUGCCGACAUGCUGGCGCUGGGCAGCGGCUGCUCCGAGCCCCCCGCGGCCCCCCGCGGGACCCCCUUCCCCGGGGACCCCGCCCGGGGCCCCCGCGGGGACCUGCUGCUGCACGACGCCAUCCGGGAAGUGGAGUGCCUGAAGGAGAUUUUCACGGGAUGCAGCCGGGACCGGGACCAGAACCAGAACCAGAACCACCCCCCCGAGGCCGAGAGCUGCCCCAGCCCCAGCGCCAGCAACGGUGACUCCGGCAGCAUCAACGGCUCCGUGGAAUUCCGGGCGGAUCCGGACGCCGGGCAGAGGGACGGGAAUGGGAACCAGGUCCCGCCCAGGGGAUCCCAGGAGGAGAUCAACCAGCACCUGGUGAACCUCUACGGGCUCCUGCUGCGGCUGCAGGUGGGACAGGGGGACAGGAGGGGACGAGGGGGUGCCCCAGGGGACGAGGGGGUACCCCCGGGGGUGAGGGGGUCCCCCUGCCCAGACCCAUCCUGCCCCCAAAUCCAUUCCAUCCUCUUUCUCCCCCUUCGUUCCCUUCCCAUUCCCCUCUUUCUCCUCAUUGCUCCCUGCUCCCUCUUGCCCUUUUCCCCCCCUUUUUUACCAUUUUCCCCUUUUCCCCCCCUGGAAUUCCGGGGAAGCGACCCCGAGCGGCUGCGGGAGGCCGAGGACACCCUGGAUGUGCUCCUGGAGGAUGAGGGGGGCCUGGGGGGCCGCCACUCCCCCCCCGCCAGCCCCCGAGAUUUCCUGAGGAUGCAGGAUAUUCCCGAGGAGGCGGAGAACAGCCAGGAGCUGAAGGAGGGCGAUGGGGACAGUGGAGAGCUGGACGCGGUCCCGCACCGGCGGGGUCCCGUCCCGGGGCGGGCUCUGGGGUCCCGUCCUGGAUUCGGGGUCCCGCAGGUGGAGAGCUGGACGCGGCAGGACCAGAAGCUGCUGGAGGCGGUGACACGCGGGGACGUGGCCCGGGUGGCCGCCCUGGCAGCCCGCAAGGCCGCCCGCCCCGCCAAGCUCAACGCCAGGGGACAGUCCGCGCUCCACCUGGCCGCGGGCGGGGGUCUCACCGAGUGCCUGACGCUGCUGCUGGAGCACGGGGCUCCCGUCAACGGGACCAACGAUGACGGCAGCACCGCCCUGCACUUGGCCACCAUCGCCUGCCAGCCCCAGUGUGUGAAGGUGCUGCUGCAGCACGGAGCCAACGAGCGCCACGUGGACGGGCAGAACCGGACUCCGCUGCACUGGGCUGCCUCCUCGGGCUGCGCCUCCAGCGUCCUCCUGCUCUGUGACCACGAGGCCCCUCUGGAUGUCCCCGACGCUCACGGCCAGACGCCCCUGAUGCUGGCAGCACAGCGGAACCACGUGGCUGUUUGUGCCCAGCUCCUGCGGCGCGGGGCCCAGCCCGGGCUGGCCGACAGGGAUGGCAGGACAGCGCUGGAGCUGGCCCUGGCUCACGGCAGCCUGGAAGUGGCCGAGCUGCUGCAGGGCCACAAGAGGGACAAGGACACUGGGAAUGUCACCGGGAAUGUCACCGGGAGUGUCACCGGGAGUGUCACCGGGAGUGUCACCGGGAGUGUCACCGGGGACGCCCCGAGCUGGGCUCUGCAGAAGCUCCCAGACUGCGGGAGGAGAGAGAAUGGCGCUGGACAGGUGGGAAUCCAGGGCGAGGAAGAGGAGGAGGAAGAUGAGGAGCAGCGGGACGGGCGCGCUGCCCGGUGGCUGCGGGAGGAGCUGGCGAGGAAGACUCUGGAAUGCCGGCGGCUGGAGGAAGCUGCCGGGGGCAUCCGGCGGCGGCUGCGGGAGCUCCUGCGGCUCCUGCCGGGACGGGACGCGGCUGAGGAUGAGGAGGGUGAGGAGGAUGACUGCGCCUGCCUGGAGCUCCUGGCCCGGCGCGUGGCGGAGCUGAGGAAGAGGACGAGGGAUGAAGAGUGGCAAGGAGGACAAGGCAGCGGCGAGGCCCCGGCGCUGCUCCCGUUCCUGGCCUGGCUGGCAGAGGAGUGCUCCAAGAUGCGGGAAGCCUUCUCCCGGAGCCAGGAGCUGCGUGGGGAAGCCGAGAAUUCCCCCCGGGAGCCGCCUUGGGAGCAGCUGGCGGCGGGGCUGGAGCAGGCGCUGGAGCAGCAGGACCAGAUCCACGCCAGGAUGCUCCGGGAAUCCCAAACCCUGCUGGAACAGCUCCGCCGGGAGCCGGUGAACGGCACGGAGCCGGCUGCGGGCGGGAAGAACCGGGAGGAGACGCCGGGAGAGCGCGGGAGGAUGGAGAGGGAGCUGCUGGAGCUGCGGGAGGGCAACGGGAAGCUCCUGGUGGAGCUGGCGCGGCUGGGCCGGGAGCGGGAGCGGCUGCAGCGGGAGCUGCGGGAGCUGCGGGAUCCCGGCGAGCGGGACGAGGCGCGGCGGCUGCGCCGGGAGCUGCGGGCGCUGCGGGACGGGCUGGGAGCCAAGGUGCGGGAGGCGGGCGGCGACGCCGGGGCCGCGAUUCUGCGGGAUUUGCAGCGGCGGCUGGACGCGCUGGUGCGCUCGCAGCACGAGGCCCUGCAGCUCCUCACGGAGAUGGAGGGGGAGCCCGGAGAAACGCCCGGGAGCGACGGCGAGGGCGACACGCCGGCAGAACCGGGAGCCGGGGGCCCGCCGGGCUCGGAGGCGGAGCGGUGGCGGGAGGCGGCGGCGGCGGCCGAGGAGAGGGCGGCCGGGAGGGAGCGGGAGCUGCGGGAGCUGCGGGAGACGGCGGAGGGGCUGGAGCGCAGCCGGGCAGCGCUGCGGGAACGCGCGGCCCGGCUGGAGCGCGCCUGCCGCGACAAGGACGGGAAGCUGAAGCAGCUGCUGGUGGAGACGGAGAAACUCUCGGCCGAGGUGUUGGGGCUGCGGGGCCGCAGCGCCCGGCUGCAGCUCCAGCUGGAGGUGAGGACAGCGCCCGGUGUCACACCGUGUCACCUCUGUCACCCUGAGCCACCCAGCGCCACCCUGUGCCCCCCCAGGUGCAGCAGAAGCAGCACCGGGACACCGUGGCCGUGUACCGCAGCCACCUCCUCCACGCUGCCCAGGGAUUCAUGGACCAGGGCGUCCACGCCGCGCUGCUGCGGAUCCUGCGCGCCGAGGCGGGAGCAGGGCUGUGGCAUUAAACCGGGACACUGCCACACACGUGUCCUGUUCUGUGUCCUGCUCUGUGUCCUGUUCCGUGUCCCGUUCCAUGUCCUAUUCCCCAUUCUGUGUCCCAUCCCAUGUCCCCAUUCUGUGUCCCAUCCCAUGUCCCGCUUGGUGUCCCCAUUCCAUCACGGGCUGGGAUCCCACUGA